GAGAACUUUUCGCGCAGUUUGUGUAUAAAUAGUGUCGUUGGGUCUGGUUUUGAAACAGAAUCAACUUUGGAUUAAUCUAGCAGACAUCGUCUUGGAUCUUCUGGAAAAAUGAAAUUCUUUGUCAUUGCCUUUGCUGUGAUCGCAGCUGCCUCGGCGGCUUCUAUUGCCACGGAUUACCUGCCGCCGGUGGACAACAACCUGGAGUCCGCCUCCGAAAUUGUGGAGCUGCCCGCCGAGCAGGGAGUUCUCUCCGACGAUGGAUACCGCUACAAGACCGUGCGCCGCCUCAAGCUGCGCCACCGCCGUGAUGUGAACGAGCUGCCCACCGCCGAGUACCUGCCCCCCGUUGAGGCGUCCGCCUCCGAGGCUGUUGCCGUGGAGACUCCCCUGGCCGAUGAUGGCUACCGCUACAAGACCGUCCGACGAGUGAUCCGUCGCCGUCGUGAUGUGAACGAGCUGUCCGCUGAGUACCUGCCCCCCGUUGAGGAGUCCGCCUCCGAGGCUGUUGCCGUCGAGACUCCCCUGGCCGAUGAUGGCUACCGUUACAAGACCGUCCGCCGAGUGAUCCGUCGUCGUCGUGAUGUGAAUGAGCUGCCCUCCGGCGAGUACCUGCCCCCCGUUGAGGAGGCCGCCUCCGAGGCUGUUGCCGUUGAGACUCCCCUUGCUGCCGAUGGUUACCGCUACAAGACCGUCCGUCGUGUGAUCCGCCGUCGUCGUGAUGUCAACGAACUGCCCACCGCCGAGUACCUGCCCCCAGUUGAGGAGGCUGCUUCCCAGGCUAUUGCUGUGGAGACUCCCCUGGCCGAUGAUGGCUACCGCUACAAGACCGUCCGCCGAGUGAUCCGUCGCCGUCGUGAUGUGAACGAGCUGUCCGCUGAGUACCUGCCCCCCGUUGAGGAUGCCGCCUCUGAGGCUGUUGCCGUCGAGACUCCUCUGGCUGAUGAUGGCUACCGCUACAAGACCGUGCGCCGAGUGAUCCGUCGUCGUCGUGAUGUCAACGAACUGCCCUCCGGCGAGUACUUGCCCCCUGUUGAGGGUGCCGCCUCCGAGGCUGUUGCCGUCGAGACUCCUCUGGCUGAUGAUGGCUACCGUUACAAGACCGUCCGCCGAGUGAUCCGUCGUCGUCGUGAUGUGAACGAGCUGUCCGCCGAAUACCUGCCCCCUGUUGAGGAGUCCGCCUCCGAGGCUGUUGCUGUGGAGACUCCCCUGGCUGAUGAUGGCUACCGCUACAAGACCGUGCGUCGUGUGAUCCGUCGUCGUCGUGAUGUGAACGAGCUGCCCACCGCCGAGUACCUGCCCCCCGUGGAGGAGGCCGCCGCCUCCGCCAUCAUCGAUGUGCCCGCCGAGCAGACCGUCCUGGCCAGCGAUGGCUACCGCUACAAGACCGUCCGCCGCCUGAAGCUCCGUCGCCACUAAGCCGCCGAUUGUGCCCACUCCCACCGCAGCAUUUGAGAUUGUCGAGGAUGCUUUUCCAGAAGAAGUCCUGCCUUUGAAAGUCUCACGAUGAAACUAACCAUAAGUCGAGCGUAUUAGUCAAUUUGAAUCCGUUAUGAACAACCCGAGUACAAACCUUAAUUAACAA